AUGUCUUUCAGUAACUUAUUAAACGGUUCUAGCCUACGGGAAGAAAGUCGUAAUUCUACGGACCUUUCCAGUUCUUCAGGAACUUUAAAUAUCUGUCUUUUUUGCUUGACAUGUGUAAUGACUUUUGCGGCUCUGACAGGCAGCAUUUUUUCACUAGUCUCCCUGCUGAAACUGCAGAAAAGAACUGUUGUGUCCAUGCUUGUGGCUUCUUGGUCUGUGGAUGAUCUCAUGAGCGUCCUGUCUGUGACUAUCUUUAUGUUUUUGCAGUGGCCAAAAGAGGUUCCUGGCUACUUCCAGUCUCUGUGCACCACCUCUGCCUUACUGUAUUUGUGCCAAGGGCUCUCGAGCAACUUGAAGGCGACUCUUCUAGUCUCCUAUAACUUUUACACGAUGCACAGGGGUGUGGGAAGCCAGGAAGCGUCCAAACGCUCUGGCCGGGUGCUCGGAGCAGCGCUCACCGUGUGGGCAGCCAGCCUGGGACUCGCCGCGCUCCCGCUCUGCGGCUGGGGAGCCUUCGUGCGCACGCCCUGGGGCUGCCUGGCAGACGGCUCCAGCUCCUACGUGCUGCUCCUCUUCGCCGUGUACGCUUCGGCCUUCGGACUCCUGGCCGGUCUCUCGUUCCCGCUCACUCACCAGUUGCUGUGCUCCGAGGAGCCAUGGAGACUCCACACGUACUACCAGGAAAUUUCCUGCAGAUCAUCCACUCCCGGGACCCCUCCUUCUGGAGGGAGAGAGCAGUCCCUGUCCCUGGGGGAUGCCACAGGUCCCGCUCCGCCCGGCCCAGAGGCGCGCUCCCCGAGCUCAGAAUCCGGGUCUGGGCCGCGUCCGCCGGCCUCUGGAACCGGGACCGGAGCCUGCAGACGUAGACUGCACCCGGGGAUUCUCUAUGGCACCAGGAGCUUCACCAGGAGGACAGCGCAGAAACGCUUCGCUUUGAUUCUAGCGCUGACAAAAGUCAUUCUUUGGCUGCCCCUGAUGAUCCACAUGGUGGUCAAGCGAGUGGCGGGGGUUCAGUGCCUUCCCUUCGAGACCGUGGGCUUUCUACUAACCCUGCUGGCCACCACUGUGACCCCUGUGUUUGUCUUGUCCAAACGCUGGGCCCACUUGCCCUGUGGCUGCAUCAUCAACUGCAGACAGGACGCUUGUCCAGUGGCAUCUGUUGGGGAAAAAUCCAAUAGGAAAAGCUUUGAAUUCAACCUAUCAUUCCAACAAAGUUAUGGAAUUUAUAAAAUAGCACAUGAAGAUUACUAUGACGAUGAUGAAAAUUCUCUUUCUUAUCACAACCUGAUGAAUUAUGAGUGUGAAACUACAAAAGAUUCUCAGAGAGACAAUUGUAGCAUCUUCAACACUGUAAAAGUAGAAAUCAGCACCACACCUUCUCUGGACAGCUCCAUGCUGAAAGGCAUUAACAAAUGCACAAAUACUGAUGUUACGGAGGCUAAAGAAGUGCUUGACAAAGGAAAGUGUGCGUUUUCAGACAAAACAAGAAAUAGCAUUAACUAUGAAGAAACCACCUUUUAUGAAGGUCCAGAAAGAAGACUAUCUCAUGAAGAGAGUAAGAAACCAGAUCUUUCAGAUUGGGAAUGGUGUAGGAGUAAAUCAGAAAGAACCCCUCGUCAGCGUUCCAGCGGUGGGCUUGCCAUUCCCUUGUGUGCAUUCCAAGGGACUGUGUCUCUCCAUGCACCUACAGGGAAAACCCUCUCUCUUUCUACAUAUGAAGUAAGUGCAGAAGGUCAAAAAAUAACCCCAGCUUCUAAGAAAAUAGAAGUCUACCGAUCUAAAAGUGUUGGCCAUGAACCAAACCCAGAGGAUUCUCCGUCAACAUUUGCAGACACCAAUGUGAAAAUACACUUGGAGGUUCUUGAAAUUUGUGACAAUGAAGAGGCCUUGGACACUGUUUCAAUUAUUAGCAACAUCAGCCAGUCUUCUACACAAGUCAGAUCACCCUCACUACGCUACUCACGGAAAGAAAACAGAUUUGUUUCAUGUGAGUUAGGGGAAACAGCCUCAUACUCUCUCUUUUUACCCACAAGUAAUCCUGAUGGUGACAUCAACAUCUCCAUUCCAGACACUGUUGAAGCACACAGACAGAACAGUAAGAGGCAACAUCAAGAAAAGUAUGGCUACCAGGAAGAAAUCCAGAUGUUAAACAAAGCCUACAAGAAACGAGAGGAAGAAAACAAGAGUAAUUAGUGAUCAUUUAGUCCAUUAGAAGCAAAAAUAGCUCUGCAACUUCAAACUGCAGAACAACUUUCUUUGAGACUGAUUUCCUUUUAUUUCUUGGUUUAUAUAAGCUUUACUAAUUUACCACUUAAUUAUUUUUGGUGUGAAGAGUUCAAACUACUGUCGACACUAAGUGCAUUUGUAUGUGCUGCCUAAAGAUCGCACACUGUGGUAAUUAAAAUAUUUUGUCUGUUAUCCAGUUUCUAUGAAGUCUUUUCUAAAUUACAUCUUGGCCUAGUUUACUAUCUUUGCAUAUGUUUGUCAAAGGAAUAUAAUGUUUCCAUCAUAUGCUUCUAUACUUAAUGUUGGCUUUUACUGCAAGACAAAAAGGGGACAUUUUCAGAAUGGAAGAAAUGUAGCAAAACUCCAAAGUUGUAUUUGAAGAGGCUUGUCUAAAUGUUGCUAGCGAUAUAAAGCUUAAUCCAGUUACUGCUUCAACUUUGCAUUGGUAUCUAGAAAAUAUAUAUUUUUGUGUAAAAUGAAAAUUAGAUACUAACUUGGAAAUAUGCAUGCCUCAAAUGUAUAAGUAGUUGUUUUCUUAAUUUUUAUAAAAUAUAGUUUAAUAGGUGGUUUCUCUUUUGCUUUCUCUUAAAUUUUCCUUUCAUCUUUUCAGUAUGUCAAGAUGGCCUUUAAGACAGAUAUGCUGUAUG